GAGGGGACGGAGGGAGGGCGCGUGGGGGAGGACAAGGGGCGCGUGGUUUUCCCAUCUCAUCCCAGGAGGAGGGGCUGGAGCAUCCCCGGCAGCCAAUCAGGGACUGGCUGGGGGGGCCGCCUUUGAAGAAGUUUGGGGGAAAAAAGUUUGGAAAAGUUUCUAUAAUAUCGAGGGGGCGUCCAGAGGGAGGCGGCAGCAGCGGAGGAGGGGGCGUCUCAGAAAAGGGGAGGGAGGGAGCCGCGGGUGAAGACGCAGCGGCCUCCGGAGCUCACCCCUCCCACCCAGACCCGGACCUGGGGGCUCUGGCGCGUCCAUGGGGGCCGCGAGCUGCGAGGAUGAGGAGCUGGAGUUUAAGCUGGUGUUCGGGGAGGAGAAGGAGGCCCCCCCGCUGGGUGCGGGGGGGUCUGGGGAAGAACUGGACUCAGAGGACGCCCCAUCAUGCUGCAGGCUGACCCUUGGGGAACCCCCUCCUUAUGGUGCUGCCCCUAUUGGCAUUCCCCGACCUCCGCCCCCUCGGCCUGGCAUGCAUUCGCCACCGCCACGCCCAGCUCCCUCACCUGGCACCUGGGAAAGCCAGCCCGCCCGGUCGGUGAGACUAGGGGGGACGGGCACAGGUCCUGGGGGUGCUGGGGGCGGCCGAGUCCUCGAAUGUCCCAGCAUCCGCAUCACCUCUAUCUCUCCCACGCCCGAACCACCUGCCUCGCUGGAGGACAACCCUGACGGCUGGGGGGACAGCUCCCCCAGAGACUACGCCCCUCCAGAAGGCUUUGGAGGUUACCGCGAGGUAGGCCAGAGCAGCGGGCCCUUCUUCAGCCCCAGCCCGGGUAGCAGCAGCCUGUCGUCCUGGAGCUUCUUCUCCGAUGCCUCCGACGAGGCGGCCCUGUAUGCGGCUUGCGAUGAGGUCGAGUCAGAGCUAAACGAGGCCGCCUCCCGCUUCGGCCUGGGCUCCCCGCUGCCCUCGCCCCGGGCCUCGCCUAGGCCGUGGACACCCGACGAUCCCUGGAACCUGUACGGUCCAAGCCCCGGCGGCCGGGGACCCGAGGAUAGCUGGCUACUCCUCAGUGCUCCAGGGCCCACACCUGCCUCACCGCGGCCUGCCUCUCCUUGUGGCAAGAGGCGCUAUUCGAGCUCUGGAACCCCAUCUUCCGCCUCCCCAGCUCUGUCCCGCCGCGGCAGCUUGGGGGAAGAGGGAUCUGAGCCACCUCCACCACCCCCGUUGCCUCUAGCCCGGGAUCCUGGCUCCCCAGGUCCCUUUGAUUAUGUGGGGGCCCCACCAGCUGAGAGCAUCCCCCAGAAGACAAGACGGACUUCUAGCGAGCAGGCUGUGGUCUUACCUCGGUCGGAGGAGCCUUCUCCGUGCAAUGGGAAGCUGCCCUCAGGAGCCGAGGAGGCGGUGGUUCCUCCAGGGAGCUCCCGGAAGGAGGUGGCAGGCAUGGACUAUCUGGCUGUGCCCUCUCCACUCGCUUGGUCCAAGGCACGGAUUGGGGGACACAGUCCUAUCUUCAGGACUUCUGCUCUGCCCCCCUUGGACUGGCCUCUGCCUAGUCAAUAUGAGCAGCUGGAACUGAGAAUCGAGGUGCAGCCUAGAGCCCACCACCGGGCCCACUAUGAGACAGAGGGAAGCCGAGGAGCUGUCAAAGCUGCCCCUGGCGGUCACCCUGUGGUCAAGCUUCUAGGCUACAGUGAGAAACCACUGACUUUACAGAUGUUCAUCGGUACUGCCGACGAGAGGAACCUGCGGCCUCAUGCCUUCUAUCAGGUGCAUCGAAUCACAGGCAAGAUGGUAGCCACGGCCAGCUACGAAGCUGUGGUCAGUGGUACCAAGGUGUUGGAGAUGACCUUGCUCCCGGAGAACAAUAUGGCAGCCAACAUCGACUGUGCUGGAAUACUUAAACUUCGGAACUCAGACAUUGAGCUUCGAAAGGGUGAGACAGACAUCGGGCGCAAGAAUACUCGUGUGCGGCUGGUGUUCCGCGUGCACGUGCCUCAGGGCGGCGGGAAGGUCGUCUCCGUGCAGGCAGCAUCGGUGCCCAUCGAGUGCUCCCAGCGCUCGGCCCAGGAGCUGCCUCAGGUGGAAGCCUACAGCCCCAGUGCUUGCUCCAUGAGAGGGGGUGAGGAACUAGUGCUGACCGGCUCCAACUUCCUGCCAGACUCCAAGGUGGUGUUCAUUGAAAGGGGCCCUGAUGGAAAGCUGCAAUGGGAAGAGGAGGCCACGGUGAACCGGUUGCAGAGCAAUGAGGUGACACUGUCCGUGACUGUACCUGAGUAUAGCAACAAGCGGGUGUCCCGGCCAGUCCAGGUCUACUUUUAUGUCUCCAAUGGGCGGAGGAAGCGGAGCCCUACCCAAAGUUUCAAGUUCCUUCCUGUGAUCUUCAAGGAGGAGCCCCUUCCAGACUCAUCUCUACGGGGUUUCCCUUCAGCACCUGGGCCCCCCUUUGGCACUGACAUGGACUUCUCACCACCCAGGCCCCCCUACCCUUCCUAUCCCCAUGAAGACCCUGCUUAUGAAACUCCUUAUCUGUCAGAAGGCUUCAGCUAUGGCACAGCCCCUCUGUACCCCCAGACGGGACCCCCACCAUCCUACAGACCUGGCCUGCGGAUGUUCCCUGACACGGGGGGUACCACAGGUUGUGCCCAACCACCCCCAGUCUCCUACCUUCCCCGCCCCUUCCCUACUGACCCUUAUGGAGGACGGGGCUCCCCUUUCCCCCUGGGGGUACCAUUCCCUCCUCCAGCCCCAUUUAGGUCCCCACUACCUUCAUCCUCACCCCUUGAAGGUCCUUUCCCUCCUCAGAGUGGUGUCCAUCCCCCACCUGCUGAGGGGUUCAAUGAGGUAGGGCCAGGCUAUGGCCCUGGGGAGGGGGCUCCGGAGCAGGAGAAAUCCAGGGGUGGCUACAGCAGCGGCUUCCGAGACAGUGUCCCUAUCCAGGGUAUCACACUGGAGGAAGUGAGUGAGAUCAUUGGCCGAGACCUGAGUGGCUUCCCCGCACCUCCUGGAGAAGAGCCUCCUGCCUGAACCAUCACCUGACAACCC